AUGACAAAAGAUGAUGAAAUGAAAGAAAUAGAUAAUAAAGAAGAUGAAAUUGAGGAUGAAGUUGAAGAAGAGGAAGAAGAUAAAGAAGAAGAAUUAGAAGAUGAGGUUGAAGAAGAAGAUGAAGAUAAAGAAGAGGAUAAAGAGGAGGAUAAAGAUACUAAAGAUAUAGGUGACUCAACAGCAACCACAGCAAAUACUGCAGAUAAAAAGAAAAAGGUUUCAAGAAGUGCAAGAUCACAUGAUACCCAAUUACCAAUCGCUAGAAUUAAAAGAAUAAUGAAAAAUGAUAAAGAUGUAAAACUUAUUUCGUCAGAUGCCUUAAUGUUAGUUACUAAAUCAACAGAGCUAUUUUUAGAUUAUUUUUGUAAAGAAGCUUAUAAAAAGACAAAGAGUCAAGGUAGAAAAAUUUUAUCAUACAAAGAUAUUUCAUCAGCAAUUAAAGAUAUCGAAAAUUUAACAUUUUUAACAGAAAUUGUACCCGAAAAAAUCACAAUGAAUUAA